AUGUGGCUUCUAAAAGAAGACUCUGGGGUAGCCAUCAGUCAUCAUGGAUUCCUAACAGCUUUUACAGACUGGUUGCUAUAGCUAACAUUUCCUCCUGAGUACUGCUGCAAAGUCAACUUCUCUGCGACACACUUCCCUCAUCUCCCUGGCCAAUUGCUGACUGUGACUUGUGGCGGAAUGGACACCGAGUCGACCCACUCAGGCUACUCCUAUCACUCCAGCCGCUCCGGGCGAUCAAACCGACACGGGGAGCGAAAUCGUGAACGGAACAAGGCCAGCGGGAGUAAGGACAGCGUUCGCUCUGAGAAGUCUGUGAUCAUCAACCCGCCUGACACACCCUCUCAGGACUCUCCCAUUCACAAUGGAGAGCCACUGCCAGGGGAACCCUCAGCUGCAGCAAAUCAUGGAGAUGAGGCACAGGAUGACAAUUGGGGAGAAACCACCACCGCAGUAACAGGCACCUCAGAGCUGAGUAUUUCCCAGGAGGAGGUUGUUGGCCUGGGGAAAGGGCUACAAGACCGGACCAAGAACCUCCGCCGCUACCUUCCUCUAGCACUGGGCGUGUGUGUGGGGCUGUUGGUGCUGGUCACGCCGCUGGUCUUCCUGCUCCUUCCAGCGGUAAUGUGGCCAGACAGGCUGCAGGCGUGUGGAGCGGCCUGUGAGGGUCUUUACCUCUCCAUCUCAUUCAAGCUCCUCAUCCUCCUGAUGGCCGUUUGGGCUCUGUUUCUCCGGCCGGCCCGUGCCAGCCUGCCCAGAGUGUGCGCGUACCGUGCCUUUCUCACCACUCUGACACUGCUGCUCACCAUGUCCUACUGGCUCUUCUACGGAGUCCGCAUCCUUGAUGCACAGGAUGAGGAUUACCACGGUAUUGUCCAGUUCGCCGUGUCCCUGGUGGACUCCCAGCUGUUCGUCCAUUACCUGGCUGUGGUGCUGCUGGAACUCCGCCAGCUUCAGCUCUGCUACAGCGUGUGCGUGAUACGCUCCACAGACGGAGAGACGCGCCAUUACAACAUGGGACAGCUCAGUAUUCAGAGAGCUGCUCUGUCCAUUUUGGAGUAUUACUACAGAGAUUUCCCGCUCCACAACCCAGCCCUUCUCUCCGCGUCCAAGCACCGAGCUGCCAAACACCUGGCUGGGUUAAAGCUCUACAAUGUAGAUGCCCCGGGGAACACGGUGGCGGUGGCAGCGGCAGCGCAGCCCGAUAAUGGACAUCAGUCGCAAGCGGCGGCUGCAGCUGCCACCAAACACAAAGACAGCGCACACAAUGAGCUAUACUACGAAGAGGCCGACUACGAGAGACGAGUACGCAAACGUAGAGCCAGGCUGGUGGUUGCUGUGGAAGAGGCGUUCACUCAUGUCCGCCGCAUGAAGAAGGAAGAUGAGCGUGCAUCCCCCUCAGACAUUAUGGAGGUGCGUGAGGCAGCUCUGGCUGUAUUUCCCUCUAUGGCACGUGCCCUGCAAAAGUACCUCCGCACCACAAGAAGGCAGCAUUGCCACAGUAUGGACAGCAUCCAGAAGCAUCUUUCUUUCUGCCUCAUCAAUAACAUGAGCCCCAAGGCUUUUCUCGAGGUUUACCUGGCACCUGGUCCCACCGUGCAGUACGGCCCGGAGCGCUGGAUGGCCGACCAGUGGACAUUGGUCAGUGACGCGUCGGUCACCAGCGGCAUUAAGGAUGGAACAGAGUUCCUACUGAGGUGUCUUGAUUUUAGCUUAGCUGUCAGUGUGAAGAGCAUCCCUUUCAUCCAAAUUACAGAGGAGUACAUCGACCCCAAAUCUCAUAAGUUUGUACUGCUCGUCCAAUCAGAAACCUCCGUUUAAAAGUGACGGGACUGACAGCACUGUCAUAGUUAUCCCAUUGAACAUUUUGUACUGUUUUUGUACUUUGUUUUUUGUAUUUUACUCACACAGACGAACCUUUUUUUCCACUGUCUUUGUCGUGAAAGACACCAGAGACGAUUUGAGGAAAUAUACUGGAAUUUUGCUGUCAUGACUUUUGCAGAAGAUAGUUCAGACACUCCUCUAUGCACUACACGUGAUGUUCAUCGUUUAGUUCUUUUUGCAUGUGCCAGUGUGCCUGUUAGGUUUUUCUGAGACGUUUGCAGCCGUGUGGUUGUUGGGAACUGUGCAAACAUGUCUCAACAUGUCUCCAGUCUGGCAGCAGCUUUUCUGCUCUGUGGUGACCAACUGAAAAAGGCUUUUUUAAUUAUUAUUUUUUGCUUAUUUUAUACCAAAACUGAUCUUCUUUGUGUUAGCGACGAUUAUUUAACUGCCAUAGUGUGUACAGUAUUUAUAUGUGAAUAUAUUCCUGUGUAUGUUUUUUAUAUCAAAGGUGUGUUUUGUUUAGAUGAUUUUAUUAACAUGGUACUGUUUCCAGAAAUAUCUGCGUACAGGAGAAACCACUGAAACGGACUGAAAAUGCAGUAGUAUAUAUGCCAGGCCUGUGUGUGGCGCUAUAACGCUAACACACAAAUGGA